AUGGGGUUAAUUCCGAACCAGAACCUGACGUUGGGCAUCGAUCAUCCAGAGGUUACCUACUGGGAGUCAACACCUCAGCUACCAUUAGCCGUUAACAGCACCGUCAUCGUGCUGGGCGUGUUAACCUUUGCCCUCCAGCUGGGUUUAGUUCUGCUCUUCAUGCUGAGAUGUUGGACGUUCGACAACAGAGUGCAGGAGGCCCUCAAACACCCAGAUUCCUUUAGCAAACUGAGUGAGCUUCCAUACUUUCACUCAGACAUUUCCAAACACCUCAUCUCUUCCGCUGCUCCAUUCAUGCCUGCCAAGUCUGCGGAGGAGGAACAAUAUGAAAAACCUACAGAUUAUGCCCCUUUUAUACACUGGGACCUUGUUCAGAACUGA